AUGAAUGGGACUUGUUUGACAAAUUAUGAGAAGCUUCGUAAUCAUGUAGUUCAGUUCUAUGAAGAUAAGUUCAAUGGCCAAGAGCCGGUGAUAGAAGGUGAUUUAUUUUAUUUUGAGCAUGCUUCAAUUUCUGUUGAGGAGAGCAACGCCAUGGAUAUGAUUCCUUCCCCGGAAAAAAUUAAGCAAGCUGUUUUUGAUCUGAGUGCGGAUAGUGCCCCAGGGCCGGAUGGUUUCUCUGGUUGUUUCUAUCGUCAUUGUUGGGAUAUUAUUCAUGAUGAUUUAACCAAGGCCAUUAUUCAUUGUUGGAAUGCGGGUAGUAUUCCAAAUGGUGUUAAUUCAUCUUUUAUCAUCUUGUUGGCUAAGGUAGCCUUCAUGAAAGGGAGAAAUAUUCAUGAGAAGAUUAGCUUGGCGUCGGAGAUGGUUAAUGAGUUGCAUUAUAAACACAAGGAUGGCAACAUAGGCCUUAAACUUGAUAUUUCUCAAGCUUUUGACACGUCUGCUAGAAUUUCUGUCAUUUUGAAUGGUAGUCCGGAAGGUUACUUCACAAUUAACAGAGAUUUGCGUCAAGGUGAUCCCCUCUCCCCUUUGAUUUUUGUCUUGAUUGAGGAUGCUCUUAGCAGAAAUAUUACGAAGCUUUUUCUUGAUAAAAAGAUGACGCCCAUGGUAACUAGAGGUGACUUGUUGGGAAGAUACCAGCGUGCUUCAGGUCAGACUGUUUGUCGUCAAAAGAGUAAGAUUUAUUAUGGUGGUGGUUCUUCGAGUUGGUGUAAUUAUAUUGCAUCUUAUUUGGGGAUGAGUGUAGCUACUUUUCCGGACCGCUAUUUGGGAGUUCAAUUUAUGCCAGUUAUUGCCAGUUAUUACAUCCAUAAUAUGGCUAUUUAUAAGUGGCCUCAUAAGUUUAUUCUUCAAUGUGAGAGGGUUAUCCGUAACUUUAUUUGGUCUGGUGAUUCGAACAUUAAUCGUGUAGUGAAGAUUCGUAAUUCUACAAAGAAGUGGGCUCUUUUCCUGAAGGCAAAAUUAUUUGAUCGUAAGGGUUGUAUUAAGCAUUCAGGGGUUAAAUCUUCUAUUUUUCCUGGUUUAAGGAGUGUGUAUAAUUGUGUGGAAAAGAAUACUAAGGUCUUAAUUCGUGAUGGUAGAGAUACUUCUCUUUAUUAUGACAUUUGGUUUGAUAAGACUAGUAUUGCUGAAGUGCUAAAUGAUUAUUCUCUUGAUGCAACAGCUAGAGUUAGUGAUAUUUUAAAGGAUGGCCUUUUGGAUAUUCCUGAAAUUCACUUGCAAUACUUGAUUGCUUCUGGUCUAGAGUUGAAUAGGAUGCCAAUUCCUAUGAGUGGAGCUGAUGUUAGGAAGUAUUCUCGGUUAGAAGGUACGCAACUUCUGUGGAGAAAAGAAGUUCAUCCUGUUCUUGCUGCUCAGAACUGGAAAUUCUUACGUGUAGAAUGUGCUACAUAUGACCUUAUCAGGCGCAGGUUCAAGAUCUCUCUUGCUAGCAAAUGCUGUCUGUGUGGUGUUCAAGAGGAAACUCUUACUCAUGUGUCAUAUGAGUGUUGCUUUGAUACUAGGGCCUGGAAUUGGCUAGCUGAUGUGUUCAAGUUACAACCUAAUGCUAACCUUAUUGUUUCUUUUAAAGCAGCAAAAGGAAGGAGUCAUAUUGCCCGUGAUCUGUGGCUUAUUGCCAACCUUGUUCUUAGGUCGGAGCUAUGGCAGUUGCGGAACAAGGCUGUUUUCGAGGAUAAAAAGCCUAUUUGGAGUAUCUUUCAUAAGCGCGUUAUGAAGUUGAUACAAGAUUAUUCAAUUCGGCUCAAGGGUCAUAUGAACAAUAGUGCUGAUGAUGUUGUUGUUCUGAACUAUUUUAGAGUUCAGCACUGUAGUGUGAAGUGGCAUCAACAUGUGGCUUGUUUUUGGUUACCGCCUGAGUUGUGA